CUCGCAAAGUAGAUUGGUCGGUCGCGACAUAGUCUAGCCGGUUAUCGGAAGGAGCAUGCUUGAAUUUCUUCCAGACUUAACUCCUGGAACUGAGGGAAAUCAAGCCGAGGAGGGGAACAGUCCGCUAGGGAAAAGCCGGUUGACCGGGUCAGUCACGCUGCCUUGGGUCGUGAGAGUAGCAUUCGUCUCGACUCGGAUUGCCCGCGAUAGAGAUGGAUUCGUGGCAGAAGCAUGGGUAAGCCCCAAGCGGUGAAAACAAAGUCUAGCCUUUUAUGGUUAGGGCAUUUCCGCCCAGCGGCUCACCAAAACAUCUCUUUCCGCCAUCUUGAUUCCGCCAACUCAUUUAACGGCGGGCAGAAUGUCUCAACGGGAGAUCCAGGAGAUACAGGAGCUGCACCGGCGCUUGGAGGAAGAAAAGCAACUACGAGAAGAAUAACAGCGACUGCGAGAAGAAGAAUAGUACCGACGAAGGAAGAACAACAGUUGCGAGGAGAGGAACGGCGACUACGAAAGCAAGCCGAGGAACAGCUGAGGCUCCAGACUCAAAACACCACAGUUCCCGAAUUCCUCGAUGCUUGCCAUUCGCAUUUAUUUCUCGGUUUGGAUAUUCGGAGAGACAAAGACUCGUCUACGAAGGGCAAUCCCGCGAACGCCGGCCGUAAACUCUGCCCGGCCAAGAUUCGAGAGUGGACCAACUUUCCAGAUGAACAGAUUCUGAUAUGGGACGAUCUGAUGAACACCGAUUUUGUGGCCGAACGCCAUUUCUGCGGAGAUGACGGACUAAUCAUCAAGACGAGAAGGGUUGAGUUUACCAUGAGACUGUGCUGGGGUACACCGGGAUUGCACGCGCGGAAGAUGCUAUUAGAUGUUAUCACUAGACACAGUCGCUAGAAUAAUCCCGCAAGGCAAGUUGGCUGAACUCGAAUUACAAGCCCAUGUGAAGCUGAAGCCGAAGCGCAACUUCGGCAUGACCCCAACGUCUAGCGACCAUGAGAGGACUUUCCUUUGCAUUAUCCUCAAUGUCAACUUGGAUGCGGCGGUCCGCGAGCAACCGCAACACCUUUUAUAGUUUAUGUAGCCACAAAUGACAACCUCUCGCGCUGAA